UCAGAUCAAAAGCUAAUGCGAUAUAUGUAAUGUGCGUGUUUAUAUUAUAAAAUUGUGUUAAAGUGCAUCACGUUUAUUUAAUUAUUACGUGAAAGAACUUCGAUUUACAGCGCAUUUUUAUUUUACUAUGUGUCAUUGCGCAUGUUUUUGAGAGUAUUUGGGAGAAAUAGAGUACGAUUGGACGCAGAAGCAAUUGCAGCAUUUUUAUCAGAGAGAAAUUAUGUUGAUGAGUUUAUUGAUGUGGAGAAAUAUAUAAUCUUAUUAGAAAAAAUCUAAGCUGCACAUUUAAAUUGACAAACAAUUAAUAUUAUGGCUCUCCAGCAUUCAGUGAAUACUGGUGAUGGCAAUUUGGAUAACAAGAUUAUUGAGUGGUUGCAAUGGAACAAGGAUCCAAAAGAAGAAAAGGAAAUACUUGAAUAUUUAAAUAAUGAACAAAUUAAAAUAUUGUCAAAGUUGUUUCUCAAGAGACUCGAAUUUGGAACUGCAGGUCUCAGAGGUUGUAUGGGACCAGGUUAUAGUCAAAUGAAUGAUCUGGUGAUCAUACAAACUGGUCAAGGAUUAACAAGAUACUUGAUGGACACAAUAUUAGAUGUUGCACAGAAAGGUGUUGUAAUAGGCUAUGAUGGUCGCUAUAACAGCAAAAGAUUUGCAGAAUUGACUGCAGCAAUUUUCAUAGCCAAUGAUAUUAAAGUGUAUUUAUUUUCCGAAAUAUGCCCCACACCAUUUAUACCUUAUACUAUAUUAAGGUACAAGUGUGCGGCUGGAAUUAUGGUCACCGCCUCUCACAAUCCAAAAGAUGACAACGGAUACAAAGUCUAUUGGCAAAAUGGAGCACAAAUUAUUACACCGCAUGAUAAAAAGAUUCAAAAUUACAUUCUUAACAAUCUUGAACCACUUGAAUCAUCGUGGGAUGUUAACAAAAUCUAUCAAAGUCUUUACUACAAAGAUCCGAAAGACGAAAUUAUGCAACAUUAUUACAAAGACUUGAAAGAUAAAGUUUUAUAUCCUCAAGUUAAUAGAAACACCACGUUAAAAUUCACUUACACUGCUAUGCAUGGCGUUGGAUAUGAAUAUAUGACUGCUGCAUUUGAAGCGGCGAACUUUAAGCCGUUUAUAAGUGUGGAGGAGCAAAAAUUGCCAGAUCCAGAGUUUCCUACAGUAAAGUUUCCAAAUCCGGAGGAAGGAAAGAGCGCCCUUGAUCUUAGCAUAAAACAAGCGAAUAAAAGUGAUUCUUAUAUAAUAUUAGCCAAUGAUCCUGAUGCUGAUAGACUUGCGUGCGCGACAAAGUCAAAAAGCGGGGAAUGGCAUGUCUUCUCCGGAAAUGAACUUGGUGCAUUAUUGGGUUGGUGGAUGUUACACACUUAUCAAGUGUUACAACCUGAUGCUGAUAUGAGUAACGCAUACAUGUUAGCAUCCACCGUUUCCAGUAAAAUUCUAGCAUCAAUGGCUAAGAAAGAAGGCUUCAAUUUUGAGGAAACUUUAACAGGUUUUAAAUGGAUGGGCAAUAGAGCUAUAGAGUUAAUAAAGGAAAAAAAGGAUGUCCUGUUCGCAUAUGAAGAAGCUAUAGGUUUUAUGUGCGGUUCUAAAGUUUUAGAUAAGGAUGGUAUUAGUGCUGGUAUACGUGUAGCUGAAUUAGCAGCUUAUCUGGAAACAAUUGGAUUAACGUUAUCAGAUAAAUUGAAAGAGAUAUAUCAAGAAUAUGGUCAUCAUAUCAGUGAUAAUUCCUAUUGGAUAUGUCAUGACUCAGACACUAUCAAGGCGAUAUUUGAGCGAUUGAGAAAUUAUUCUGAUAAACCAAAUACAUACCCAACCGGAAUUCGAAAUGGGAAAUAUACAAUAGCUGGCAUAAGAGACUUAACAACCGGAUAUGACAAUACAAAACCCGACAAUAAAGCUGUUCUACCUGUAUCGAAAUCUAGCCAAAUGAUCACGUUUACAUUCAAAAACGGAUUAGUUACCACUUUGAGGACCAGCGGUACCGAACCCAAAAUAAAAUACUACAAUGAAUUAUGUGGAUCACCUGGAGAGGAUUUAAACAAAUUGAAGAGUAUUCUCAUCGAAAUGGUAUCAGCUGUGGUAACAGAAUUUCUUCAACCUGAAAUGAAUGGACUUAUUGCCCGCGAACUAUAAACAAUGAUAAGUAAUUGCGGUUUGAUAUGCGUUACGUAACGCUUGACUCAUUUAAGUGUCAAGCAAACGUUUAAUUUGUGUCAGUAAAAUGCGUCAUGUAAGCUAUCUUUAUAAAUACCACGUAAAGAUGUGAUGCAAAUAUGUUCAAUUUAUAAUUUUACUUGAACAUUUUAUAUUUAUUAUUAUGUUGAUACAUUAUAAUUAUACAUUUUAAGAAUCAAUAGUUCAAGUCUGUUAUCAAAUGGAUGUGAUGUUUUUCUGUAAUUCUUGAAAUGGCUGUGCAUUAUUUUAUUUACUGAAAAUGUUAAAUCUUACAACAGGUAAAUACGUUAUCAUGUUCUGUUUAAUUUCUAGAAGUAAUAGUUUUAAAAAUUAAUGCAGAAAACUGUGUGAUGAUUAUCAUUUAACUCUGCAAUUCAAAAAUUAAAAUUAGCAAAGUUAAUAUAUAAAUAUAUAAAAUAUGAAUAAUGUUUUGGCAA